AUGGCGGCCGCCGGGUACGAAUUGCGCGGGAUUUACGGCACGGAGGAGUACUGGCCGGAGAAGAAGCUGAAGAUUUGCGUGACGGGCGCGGGAGGUUUCAUCGGGUCGCAUCUCGCGAAACGAUUGAAAGAGGAGGGACAUCACGUCGUGGCGUGCGAUUGGAAGCGCAAUGAACACAUGGAAGAGGCGAUGUUCUGCGAUGAGUUCAUCUUGGCUGAUUUGAGGCUGUACGAAAACUGUAAAAAGGUUCUCGAGGGGUGCGACCACUGCUUCAACCUCGCGGCGGACAUGGGAGGGAUGGGAUUCAUUCAGUCCAACCACUCCGUCAUCUUCUACAACAACGUGAUGAUUUCCUUCAAUAUGAUGGAAGCGAUGCGGGUGCAGGGCGUGACGCGAUGCUUUUACGCGUCGAGCGCGUGCAUCUACCCGGAGGGCACGCAGUUGAGCACGGAGAUGCAAGACGGGUUGAAGGAAGCGAGCGCGUGGCCGGCGCAGCCGCAAGACGCGUAUGGUCUCGAAAAGCUCGCGAGCGAGGAAGUGUACAAGCACUACCAGCAAGAUUUUGGUAUUCAGACGCGCAUCGGUCGAUUCCACAACAUUUACGGUCCGUACGGCACGUGGAAGGGCGGUCGCGAAAAGGCGCCGGCGGCGUUCUGCCGUAAGGCUGCGACGGCUGAAAGCGAAGUCGAAAUGUGGGGUGACGGUAAGCAAACGCGCUCUUUCACCUACAUCGACGAUUGCGUCGAGGGCAUCUUGCGUCUCACCAAGAGCGACUUCGCCGAGCCGGUGAACAUCGGUUCCGACGAAAUGAUCUCCAUGAACGAUAUGCAAGCCAUGACGUUGAAGUUCGCGGGCAAGGACUUGCCAAUCAAGCAUAUUCCGGGUCCGGAAGGUGUGCGCGGUCGCAACUCCAACAACGAACUCAUCAAGGAAAAGCUCGGUUGGGCGCCGUCUGUCAAGCUCGCGGACGGCUUGAAGGUUACGUUUGAGUGGAUCUCGAGCAAGAUUGCCGAAGAGAAGGCCAAGGGUGUUGACACCGCCGCCGCUUUCGGUAAGUCCACCAUCUGUGGCACGCAAGCGCCGACCGAACUCGGUCAGUUGCGCGCUGCGGACGGCGACGAAAAGCUGUAA